AUGAUUAAAUACGUGUGGCUUGCGGCAACGCUGAUGAUUGUUUUCUGCUUGGUCAGUAGUGGGAGUGCGCGUAGUGCCACAUCAGCAACAUAUAAUCACAUCACCAGCGACAAAGUGGAACCAACACUGCAGAACGCAGGCAGCACGCAGCAAAGCAUAUGGAACGAUCUAUCUGCGGUCUAUAAAAUUUACAAACAAUGCGCCAGUGAGAAUCUAUCGGUUUGUUUAAAAGUCAAAUUGCUGAAAAGCCUUGACUCAACAAUCCACAAAGUGAAAACAGUUAAGAUUAUUGAAGGUGUGCAGUUUGUGAAGAAUACUAAUGAGAAUGGUCAAGAUGCCGAAGCACGAUCCACAUCAUCAAUAGCAAAUCUGAGUCAAAAGGAUAUUGAGGCACUAUUGCCACGUGGCUUGGAAACAAAGGAGCAUGUGUUAAAUAAUAUGAUUUUUAAAAUGGUCACUGCUUUUCUUAAGGAUCACACUUUGCAGUUAAAAUUUCCGGACUUACGUACAAUGGAUUUUGAAGCGGAUAACUCAGUAGAGGGGCGUAGGCGUAAGAAAAAAGGUAGUGGUGCAUAUAUAAUGAUACCACUGUUACUAGGUGGCACAUUUAUACCGAUUGCUUAUGGUGCAUUGGCUAUGUUGGCUGGUAAGGCGCUGAUAGUUUCCAAACUGGCUCUUGUAUUAGCUUCCAUUAUUGGCAUUAAAAAACUAUUGAGUGGUGGUGGUAAGGACGCUUCGCAUGAAGUAGUCGUUUCUUCUGGUGGUCAUUCUGGUUGGGGACGCGAUAUGGAUUUAGCCUAUCAAGGUUGGAAGCCAACACCUGAUAUGGAAAAACACGUUUAA